AUGUUGGUUCGAUGGGUGGAGAAGUACGAAAAAUGUGAGGUUUUUUAAAAUUGUAUCUAUAGGUGCAGAAUAGCACUUACAAUUUUAUAUCUUGACUUUUAGUGAAUCACCCAGCAGGAGAAGCAGGGAUAACAUCGUUGUGGAGGAUCUUUUUGAGAAGAUUUGCUAUUGGACGACCUGAUAUUGUUGGAUCUACAUUGAUAAAGUACGAAAAAACUGAAGCAACAACAGUACCUACUUUUACUCAACAUAUCACUCAGUUACUCGGGUUUUUCAUAGGGAUUCAGGUGAGUAAUACGGUUGUUUCUUUUUUUAUAAUUGUGCUUUAUGUGAUAAGUUAUGUUUUUAAAUGUUAGUUUAUGUUUUAGAUAACAUUAGUGUCGAUGGGAUUCUUCCAAGAGCGUAUAAUGACACAGAAGUACGGUAGAAUUGGCGAUGGUGCUAUAGAGAUAGAAGGUGACAAUUUCACAGAUGCUCAGUUCUUGGUAUUGGCUAAUAGACUGGUUGCUCUUGCUGUUGCUAGUGCUUAUUUGUGGUAUGAUUGGAAGAAGUAAGAAUUUUUAUAAUAAAGUAGGCGUUAGUUAUCAGCAAAACCAAGGGAGUGCAUCUUUGAUGAAUCAAUUAUAUUUAUGAGAACGGAUACCGUAAAAAAUAACAUUUUACAUUUUUACAGUACUAUUUAACUAAAUUUGUAUGUUUACAGUCAACCUCCACAAGCUCCACCCUUCUACAUGUACGCUUUCUGCUCCAUAUCCAACACUCUGUCUUCUUACUGUCAGUAUGAAGCUCUGAAGUACGUUUCCUUUCCCACACAGACCUUCUGCAAAGCCUCAAAGCUGAUCCCAACCAUGAUCAUGGGCAGAGUUUUGAGGAAGGAACGCUUUUCACGAGGAGAACUGUUGACUGCCACUUUAUUGGUGACGGGAGCUGCUUUGUUCUUCUACUCUACUAUAUCCGAUAGCAGAAAUGGCAAUGUGAUAGAUCAGAAUGCAGCAUACUUAACAGCUCUAAGUGGAGCACUGCUGAUGAUUGGAUACUUGAUGUUCGAUGCCUUUACUCCGAAUUGGCAGAAGAAGUUGUUCGAGAUCAAGCCGAAGAUUAGCCGGGUUCAGGUGGGUUUACCAAGAUGAACAUCAUAAGUAUAGAUUUAGAUUCAUUUAUGAAUAUAUCGUAAAAAUUAAUAAAAUUUGGGUUUUAUAUAGUAAAUGAUAGCCUUAUAUAGAUAAUGAUAAACGAUUGCAGAUGAUGAUGGGAGUGAACAUCUUCAGCGCCUUCCUCUGUCUGGUCUCUCUCCUGGAGCAAAACUCCCUCUUUUCAUCCCUCAGCUUUCUCUUCACUCAUCAUAAUAUUACCAAAGACAUCUUCCUACUGUCUUUGUGUGGCGCCUUCUCCCAGUUCUUCAUCUACGCUAUCGUGGAGAGGUUCGGUCCGUCAGUGCUGGCAUUGAUCAUGACCAUCAGGCAGUUCUUGUCUAUACUAUUGUCGUCAGCCUACUUCAAGCACUCAUUGAAUGCCGUUGGAAUGUUGGGCUUAUUCAUUGCGUUUAGUGCGCUAUGCUUCAACAUCUACUACAACUACAGAAAGAAGACGAUACGGCCUAGCAAAGCGACGAAAUGA